GUUUGACUGUCAUCAGAAUUGCCUGGAUGAAGACUUCAAGCUACUGAGGGAUUGGUCCCAUCCCUGACUGCACCUCACUUGACCUGCCACUGUGGAGUCAUCAAUAGCCAUGGGAACCAGCAUUGGGGUGCAAGGGCUGGUCACCCCUGAUGAGAGCUGGGUUUUGCAGACUGCAGAGGAAUCCUCCCUCCUCUCGCUGUCAGGAUGGCAGUGGCUGAAUCUGAAUCCAGAUUUGGCUGCAACCAGAGAGGGCUGUUUGUAGCCAUCUUGAACCUUUGGAUCAGCAUGAGCUGUCAAGAGAGGAUGCCUGCAGAGGCAGCAGUGAGCCCUGGAGGAGAGAGGACGCAAUUAGGAAAUUCAGGCCUGGAAGUGCAGAGGCCAGUGUCUCCCUGCAAGGCCCUGUUCUCCCUAGGCUCAUAGCCCAAUCUUUGCAGGCUAUUAUCAGCAAAGAACUCUCUGCUCUCCUCCUGGCAUCUGAGGACCAAGUGUUUUUCAAAUCAUAGUAACUCCGCACCUGCUACGGGGAGGGAGAGAUCUCGGAUCCCCAGCAGCACCUGUGCCUCGGGGAGUUGCAAAAGCUCUGAGUUCACCGGAGAGCCCCCCUGGUAUUACACCUAGCCCCCCAGGAAGGAGGCUUUGGAACUCGUGUGUUGCAUACUUAGAAAUUACUUCCUACUGAAGGAGGCUUUAGAACUAGCAAUUGUCCUAGAUCUGGACGAUGAGUGGGUACUUGGACGAAUCAGACUUUAUGAUGGUGGAGGAGGGCUUCACCACCAGAGACCUCCUUGAAAAUCUCCUCAUGGAGGUCUCCCAGACGAGCGACAAAGGGGCCUUUUUUGUGGCAGACCUGGGGGACAUAGUGAAGAAACACCUGCACUUCCUGAAGGCCUUGCCCCACGUCAAACCUUUCUACGCUGUUAAGUGCAACAGCAGCAAAGGAGUGGUGCGGACGCUGGCUGAGCUGGGGGCAGGAUUUGACUGUGCUAGCAAGACGGAGAUUGCAUUAGUUCAGAGCAUUGGGGUCCCACCUGACAAGAUUAUCUACACUAACCCCUGCAAACAGAUCUCACAGAUCAAAUACGCAGCCAGCCACGGGGUGCAGCUGAUGGCCUUCGACAAUGAAGUAGAGCUCGGGAAAGUGGCAAGGAGCCAUCCACAUGCCAGGAUGGUUCUGUGCAUCGCCACCGACAGCCCCAGAUCCUCUGCCUGUCUGAGCGUGAAGUUUGGUGCCACCCUCAAGUCCUGCAGACACCUACUAGAAACUGCAAAGGAGAUGAAUGUGGAGAUCGUUGGCGUCAGUUUUCAUGUUGGCAGUGACUGCCCCGACCUGCAAGCCUUCACUCGGUCCAUAGCAGAUGCUCGGCUGGUGUUUGAAAUGGGUGCAGAGCUGGGCUACAAGAUGCACUUAUUAGACAUUGGAGGUGGAUUCCCUGGCACUGAAAAUUCUAAAGUCCGGUUUGAAGAGAUGGCAGCCACGAUCAACUCCGCCUUGGACUUGUAUUUCCCAGAAGGCUGUGGGGUGGAGAUCAUUGCCAAACCAGGACGAUACUAUGUAGCUUCCGCCUUUACCUUGGCUGUCAAUGUUGUUGACAAGCAGGAGGUUCCCUUGGAUCCGCCUGGCUCAGACGAUGAAGAGCCCGGCAGCAAGAAGAGCAUCCUGUAUUACAUUAAUGAUGGCAUCUAUGGAUCCUUCAGCUGCAUUUUCUUCAAUCGCACCUGCCCCAGCCCCAUCCUGCACAAGAAACAUGGCCCAGAUCACCCCUUGUUCAGCAGCAGCCUCUGGGGUCCUUCUUGUGAUGGGCAGGACUGCAUUGCAGAUGGCUUGGAGCUACCAGAACUGCAAGUUGGUGACUGGCUGACGUUUGAGAACAUGGGUGCCUACACCAUAGCAGCCUCGUCCUCUUUUAAUGGACACCAGCAGCCACAGAUCAACUACGCCAUGUCCCGGGAAGCUGUCCGGCUGCUACAGGGGAAGCAGCCACAACCAGAAGAAGAGGAUAGAGAGAGCCUGUGUGCUCCUCUCUCCUGUGGCUGGGAAAUCACAGAUACCUUGUGCAUUACCCCUGUCUUCACUCCAGCUAGAAUCACAUGAGCAGCACCAGUCAUGGCGGGGGCAGAUCCUUAACCAAGGGGACUCUUGCGUCCACUUCUCAUGCCCUCCCAGAUUUCUGCCCUGAAGUAGGACCUGGUUUACAUUCAGGUGUGGUUUUUUAAGUAUGCAACAUAAAUCCUGUUCCUCCUGCCUGUGUUGUGUUGCCUGCUGCGUGCCAUAGCAAAGGGCAGAGCAUUCGGUUUGUGGGUGUUUAUAUGCCGAUUGGGUUUACAUUAUUUUUGUAAGUUAUCCUAAUAAAUAGUUUUGUUUUUUUAUAAAUAAGCAGGUGGAUUUUCAUCCCCUUCCUGCCAAGGGGAGAUUUACAGAGCACAGC